UCGGUUUAAUUUUCCUCAAUAAUAAAACUCUUCUACUGGUUUAAUACAGUUAUACUCAAAACCUUUCAUGAAAUUUAAACAUGUAUUUCUUUUUAUCUUUUUAAUGAGAAUAGAAUAUAUAAUUGCCUAUUUUGGCUUCGUAACUUUUCGGUUUGUGGUCAGAGGUAGACAGGUUUGGGACGCAGUCGGAGCUGUCCGGUCCAAACUUACGCUGAGAUCCCCCCUCAGGACAGCUCUGCUGGAGCAGCAGUGCCUUGCACGAAUAGAAACGGACAACCCCCACCCACAUUUUUUUUUUCACCGAUCAGCCAAACUUUGCGAUUUCAAUACCCCACACCCAAAAAAUCAGGGAGACCCCCGUGUACUCCUAAGGAACACGGAGUCAUGAUUCUCCUUUAAAUUUCCCCGUGCCUGGGUCUGCCUCUACCAUCAGCAGAAGCAGCAGCGGCAGCAGCAGAAGCGGUCUUGAUGUUGUGGUCGAGAAUACGCAUGCGCCCGGUAUUGGAAUUACUGCACUGGCAAGAAUAACUUAGACCUCCUCUGCCUUCCACUUAAAAACACAAUUUAACAUGUUUGCGUUAAGAAUUAGAAGAACGAAGACUGUGUGCGUCUGGUUUUCCCCCUUCAUUGUGGCUGUCGCGUGCGCCCAGAGUGCCAGUGCCAAUGACCCCAGCAAUAUGCCUUUGGUGAAAGAAACGGUGGAUAGGCUCUUGAAAGGUUAUGAUAUAAGACUGAGACCAGAUUUCGGAGGUCCUCCUGUCGGAGUGGGAAUGAACAUAGACAUAGCCAGCAUAGACAUGGUGUCAGAAGUCAAUAUGGACUACACAUUGACAAUGUACUUCCAGCAGGCCUGGCGAGACAAGCGGCUGUCCUACUCUGAGAUCCCGCUCAACUUGACCUUAGAUAACCGGGUGGCUGAUCAGCUCUGGGUCCCCGACACCUACUUCCUCAACGACAAGAAAUCGUUUGUCCAUGGUGUCACGGUGAAAAAUAGAAUGAUCCGGCUGCAUCCAGACGGCACCGUGCUGUAUGGUUUGAGGAUCACUACUACGGCCGCCUGUAUGAUGGACCUGAGACGGUAUCCACUAGAUGAGCAAAACUGCACUCUUGAAAUAGAAAGUUAUGGUUACACCACAGAUGACAUUGAAUUCUACUGGCGAGGAGGAAAGAAUGCAGUUACCGGAGUGGACAAGAUUGAGCUGCCUCAGUUCUCCAUCGUGGAUCACAAGCUGAUUUCCAAGAAUGUCGUUUUCUCUACAGGCUCAUAUCCUCGUUUGUCACUGAGUUUUAAGCUAAAGAGAAAUAUCGGGUACUUCAUCCUGCAAACAUACAUGCCUUCUAUCCUCAUCACCAUCCUCUCAUGGGUCUCCUUUUGGAUCAACUAUGAUGCUUCUGCUGCCAGGGUGGCUUUAGGUAUCACAACGGUGCUCACCAUGACAACCAUUAACACACACCUGAGAGAAACCCUACCCAAAAUCCCAUACGUCAAGGCCAUAGACAUGUACCUUAUGGGUUGCUUUGUGUUUGUCUUCCUGGCCCUGUUGGAAUAUGCUCUGGUGAACUACAUCUUUUUUGGCCAGGGUCCACAGCGCCAGAAAAAAGCUGCAGAGAAGACAGCUACAGCUAACAAUGAAAAGAUGAGGAUGGACCCUAACAAGUGGCUUGUGGGUAAUGUGGUUGGCAGAGAUGAUACUUUGUAUGCAAGAAUGAAACAAAGAGAUCUAGCUGGCCAUGACUCGAUGUGGGAACCAAUCUUUAUGGAUGAUGCAGCAAUUGGACUUGGUGAUCAAAAGAAUAAGCAGAUGGACCCGCACGAAAAUAUCCUCUUGGGAACUCUCGAUAUCAAGAAUGACAUGGGCGUCACAGAGCUGGCUCUGGGUCUCAAUGAUCCACGGAAUACCAUGUUAACCUACGACAGCUCCAACCUGCAGUACCGCAAAGCGGGCCUGGCCAAGCACAACUUUGGCCGAAAUGCUCUGGAGCGCCAUAUGACUCAAAAGAAGAGCCGACUACGAAGGCGGGCAUCUCAGUUGAAAAUCACCAUCCCAGAUUUGACUGAUGUAAACUCCAUUGACAAGUGGUCAAGGAUGAUCUUCCCAACAGUGUUUUCCUUCUUCAACAUUGUGUAUUGGCUUUACUACGUCAACUAAACAACAGGACAUCGAUGAGUGCAGGAACAAAGCAAAACAUGUUGCUACUUUCCUCUUUGUAUCUGAUUUGUUUCAUAUUUAUAUGAUGUGAUACAGUUAGACUGAAUUCAUUACAUCUUGGAGCAUAACCUUUGCUGGCUAACACUUAAAAACCUUAUAAAAAAGAGAUGACACUUAUAAGGUGCCUGUUCCUAAAUAAUGUAUUUAUUUAUUUUUUGUUAUUAUUUCUGUUUCUUAAAAUAAUUUUUUUGAGUUUGUACUUUGUAUUUAAAGUCAGAUUUAAUACAUGUUACACUAACAAAGCUAAAAACUCACUUAGGUGCAAAUUUAAAGGUUUACAUUGUACUUAAGUGGAAAUUUCACUGAAAGUGCUUGAAAGUUUCAAGUUAACUUUUUUAACAUUCAUGUCAAAGAAAAAAAUAAUAUCUGUAAAUAUUUCAAAUAGUUUCCAUUUACAUUUUAGCCUUUUUUUCUUUUUGUUGUAGUGUAAUGGUGAUACAGUUUGUCAUUUAGAUUAUAUUAAGUUUUUAAAUUGUCAUUCCAAAACUCUUAACAGAAUAAUUCAGAAUAUGCUCAGCAAUUGUGUUAUAAUGGCUUGUUUUGUUUUUAAAAGACUAUAUUGUUUGUAAUUUUAAAAAAACUGGCUUUAUUUGUUUAUUAUCUGUGGGAUAUUUUGUGUUUCUUUAAAUAGCACUCAUAUCCAGUAUGGGUGCAUUAAGAGAUGACUAAAACUACAAGGUAUAACAAAAAAAAAAAAAAAAAAAAAAGCCCAGAUGCAUAAAAGCACAAAAAUCCACAUUUUCAUCCAUUUCAAUUAUCAACACUUUUAAAAGAAUACUUGUUUUCUGAGAACUAUGUUUGAUUUUUUUUCAUUCUCUUAGACCAGAUUUUUGUUUAUUAUUUAUUAACUUGUCUUUUAUUUUCCAAAUUUUAUUGAGCUUUUAACUAAAAACAUUUUUUUUUUCAUUUUCAUUUUAACACUAGCUACGUUUACAUGUGCCACAUUUCCCCUAUCUGAUUCAACUCUUGGCUAAUCAGAAAUCCCAAAUCUCUGUUUACAUGGACACUAACUGAAGUGAUCCAGUUAUGCCGUGAGUAUACAUGCACCAAGCAUUCAAUCAGAUUUAAAUAGGUUGAGCAUGUGCAGAGUUGUCUUUCCUGUAAAAAAAUUUGUAAACAAACUCCAUCUUUGUCCGUGGAUUUACCUUUCCAACGGUUUUUUAAUUUGGUCAACACUUUAGUGAAUUUGGUGGCACUUCCUGCAACUUUAAAUGCACUUAAGUGUAUAACUCUGCUUUUCGAGCCUUUCGACCAUCGAGACGUUAAAUAAUAUUGAGCUCUCGGAGUGCUUCCAGUAAAAAAUAGUCGUCAAAAGACUACUUCUGUUUACCUCCUGCCUUGUUGUUGACUUGUCCUGAGUGUCAGCACAGGCAAAAAGACAUCAUGUAUACAUGCACAGUGGGCAUUAUUUUACCCCAACAAUCCAAAUGGGUGUCUACAUGGAUGUCAAUCAGAAUGAUGAUUGGACAAAACCACCUCUCUCAAUCAGAAGGAUUUUUUUUCUGACCGGGUCGUGUCGCAUCACGAUAUUCCAGUUGACAUGUUUACAUGAAGAAUGUUUGAUCUGAUACGACAAUCCCUCCGAUUAUUUGUGGCCAUGUAAACGUAGCUACUGAGGUCACAACGUAAAUUGUCCAAGUGGUUUUGCACAAAAGCUCUUAAAAGCCAUAUAGGCUUAAUCAUAGUUCUUACACCUGGUGAACAUGACUUGUCUUUUGAAACAUUUGAACAAUUUCUUCUUUAAUUUCAGGGAAAACCAAAUUAAGAGAGAAAAAGUAAAUGACACAGACUAUAAAGAAAUAUGUGUAAAAGAACCAAACCAAUAUUUGGUAUUUUGUGUGGAUAAAAACAAGAUUAGGUAUAUAAAAAAAGAACCAUUAAUGACAAUUUAAAGGAGUAAUAAAUACUUAUGUAGUUACAUAUACAAUGUCAAAUUUAAAAGAGUAUGGUGAGUUACAUGGAGCCGACAGAUUUACAUUUUUGUUCAACUUUAGUUCAAGAAAAACAACUAAAAGUGACAAAUAGGUUAUUUAUUGCCACUAGUUUAAGGAGAAUGAGUCAAUAUUCUCUAAAUAUUUAAGGACAGAUUAAUAUGAAAAUCUGGAUAGUGUAUAUGAAACAUUUUAUCAGGUAUAUAUGUAUUUUGUUUAUGGUAUUCAUCGGUUUAAUUUAUCUCAGAAAAAGUUAUUGAUAUAUGAUAUUGUAAAAGUAUGCCUGACCUUUUAAAUAACAAUUAUUGUUAUAACUAAAACAUUUUCCCACAAUGCAUUUAUGUACUGUAAGCACAUUUAGGUAGCACUGCCUGGCAAAUUACACUUUAAAUAAGAGAUGUUUAAAAAAAUUAAGAAAUGUUCAAAAUUUGUUUGAGAAAAGGACUAAUUAUUGUACUUUUCUCUCAUAGUUUUUAGUAUUUUUUAAUUGAUCAAACUCAUAUUUAUUUGUAUGUAAUCUAAUCAAAAACUGCACAAAGUAGCCAAGUGCAAGUAACCAAGUUUGGCAAUUCAUUUUAUUUAUUUAUUUUUAAGUUUAAAAUGUUUAACUACAGCUCUGAUGAAAUACAGAAGCACAAAAUAGAAUAGUAUGAGUAAAGCUCACCUUGUUGUCAUUUGUCAUAUAUAAAAUAUAUAAACAAAAUAAACAUCAUCGCUAACUAACCUGCAGUUUAUAUAUAUAUAUAUAUAUAUAUAUAUAUAUAUAUAUAUAUAUAUAUAUAUAUAUAUAUAUAUAUAUAUAUAUAUAUGUAUGUAUAUAAAAGCCCCCAAAAUAUUGAACAACACAAAAACAACAAAGAAAUAUUUUAGAAUAUAAGAAUAUUGCUAUACAAAUAAAAUAAAAAAAAUUAUUACAGUUGCCAAUUAGUCCUAGCAUUCCUUGCAAAAAUAUCGACCCUCUAUUUUUAUGAUAAUGGCAGUCAACUUAAAUUUGGAUGACUUCAAAAAUUUCUGAUGCACAUCCAAGGAUUACUUAGUCUGUGAGGCAUUUAGCUAACAAACAAGGUUGAAUUUAGCGAUUAACAAGUGUGUUUUUAUUGUCGGAACUUCAGGGUAGUUUCUGGGAGGGGGGAAUCAACCUAGAGAUACGAUGACCCAGUCCUCUUAGCCGUUGCAUCUCCAUGCAAAUUCAGCCCUUUCUGGACGUCGCACAGACGCCAGCAUGUUGAGACUACUUCAGCAGAGAGUGAUGCCACUGAAAUUUAUUCCAUAUGGAGGACCAGGAAAGCUGCUGUGUGAUGUAAAAUGUGGCCUUUAAUGGCCAGAAGAAGCAUCGGUUUUUAGAGUGCUCUGUGAUACAACAAAGCCAUUGUGGGGGAGAUUCCUUCAAUUGACAAACGGUCAUGGAUGAUCUCCAAACAGUUUUUUCCUUUUUCAACAUCGUUUAUUGGCUUUACUACGUCAACUAAACAACAGGACAUCGAUGAGUGCAGGAACAAAGCUAAAUAAGUACCUAAUUUCCUCUUUGUAGCUGGUUUGUUUCAUAUUUAUAUGCUGCUAUAUGGUUAGACUGAAUUCAUUACAUAUUGGAGCACAACCUUUGCUGGAUACCGAUUUUUACAGCACUCUGUGAGACAACUAAGCCUCGUGAAUAAUGUUGAGGGGGUUUCUGCUGCGCUUUUUGAUGUGAGUUUAGUUAUGUCAAUUUUAAAGAAGUAAUAGCUGUAUUUGCUUGUGCUUCCAUUCUGUUUCACAAGCAACUCUUCUAAUUCUACUAAUGCUUGUUGUUUCGGACGACGUCUGCUGAUGUCCUUUCCUACUGAGAUACGACCAACCAGUGUGAGUUUAUCAAAUGUUCCACACAGUGACUCUACUGGGCAUUUCUGGGUACCUACCCCUGUUCUGUUACUCUAAUGUUCCUGAAAAUGGCCCGUGUAAGGGACACGCAUAAGCCGAAAAGUUCCAGUAACAUUGUCCUGAAGUUUUGAUAGUGGAAACAUGUCUACUGGCAACAUUUUAAAACACUCUGAGUCUAUUUUAGUUCAAUAACUACCACAUGAAAUUUUAGCUCAGUAUUUUUAAAAUAAGCCUCGAUAUAUCUUUUUUUUUUGUUUGCAAUGUUCUCUUACCUGUGUCAGGAAAUGAAAAUAUGAGUAAAAGAAGAAUAAAAAGGUUAAUUGAACAGGCCAAAAGGACUCAAAUCAAACUAUCAAAGCUAUUUCGAUAUGUAAAUACCAAGAAGUAUAUUAUUUAUAGUUUGAAACAACCUAUUUCUGUAGAUAAAUGCUGACUGGACAAAAAUGACAUUUUUGUAUUAUUUAGAGUGUAAUGUUGAGAAUACAAAGGGUGAGGUGAAACUAUGUAAAUAUGAUAGUAUAACUUUAAAUAUCACUUUUUUUCUGUUUACUACAGUACAAAUCAUUGUAUUUGCCAAAAAUCUUCAACUGUAUUUAUGAAUGUAGUCCAUUUCUUUGCACCCUAAGGGGUAAGAUGUCAGCAAAAGUACACAUUUUUGUACAAAUGAGUACCUCUUUUGAAAAAGGUAGAAGUCCUAGAGAAGAUGUUCUUCUCCGAAUCAGGACAUGAUGAAACCAUCACAUCUGGCACGGUAACCACAAUUAACCAUUCUAAACCUAAUAUUGAUUCUCAGGAAAAUUCAAAUAUUAAGCUUAGAUUUCUUAACUGUGGUCAUUAUUAAUUCUAAACCUAUUAUUCACAUUUACCUAAGCUUAACAGUUGCAUUUGAGGAAAACGAAAAUGAGCUUGUGUGUGAUUAAAUCCUAGUUUAUUUGCUUUCUGUGUUCAACAUAAACAUCAAAAUGUUAUAUAUAGUACACAUGAAUCAUAAAGCAGCAUGUCACUUUUCCCCUUUUCUAAUUGUAUAGGUAUAAUUUAGACACCUGAAUUAUACCUAAACACUUUGGGGCACCAAGUCCACCUCAGCUAUUAUAUCUUUCUAAUUUGCUCUAAUCUUCAGAGUAAUACUGUAUGAGGUAUGUUCUGGUGUGUGAGCGAGUAGAGUGAACUUUGAAUAUGUGUUUGUAACUCACAGUGCAUUUUGUUUUCGUUGUUUUAUAUAUUUUUAUACUUCUAUAUUAUAAGUAAAAAUAAAAUUUUCUAACUGAUAUACCGAAUGAUUACAUCCUUGAUGGAAAUGGAAAAUUUAUCGAUUGAUGUACGCCAAUGAAAUCUUUCCAUGCUAAGUUGUCAUAUUUAAACUUUCAGAUAUGAAAAUACCUUCCUCUUUGUACUGGAAAAGUUUUGGGUUUCACAAAUGGAAAGUUUUCAUUGGACAACCAAAUCAUCCCUGGAGCGUAGCAAGACUGAUAUCUUAAAGAGCCUACACGACGCCUCUUGGUGACAGUGUAUGUUUGCACACACUCACAGAAGAAGCCUUAGCCUCCUGCUGCCCUGGACCUCUCUACAAGCAGCUUCAAACCCUGUUUACCCUCCAAGAAACCACCAAGAAAUCCUACGUGCCACUCUCCAGAACAAUCCAUGAAAACCUUCGCCAAUCUCUUCUUUAAUCCCGUUAAGAAAAAUGCUUUGUCUUUAAUAUAAAAAAUGAUGAAAAUUAUGACACUGUCAAUAAAUAUUGUAGAAAGUUCAGAA